UUAAGCUUCGCUGAGUUCGUUUUUUGGGACUAGCAGGGGAAGUUUGAGUUUUCAAUCGCUUCUGUUUCGUCGCCUUCUUGUGGGUUUACGUGUUUUGUGUGACUUUAGGCUACGUUGCAACGUUGUGCGUGGUUGUAGAGGUCCCUUCAUUUUGGUUUAGGGUCAAGUUGCCGUGAAUUCUUUUGUAUAACGGAGUUGCUGUGAUGAGUUCGCAGUCGGUCUGAUUUAGCUGAAAGCGUUGAAGACGAUUGCGAAGGGGGAUUAGGUCUGUAGGAAGAGCCUGGAGAACCACUGCGGGAUUCGUAAUGUCGGGCUUCACAGGAUUCGGCACUUCUUCACAGAGUACGCCAACUGCGUUCUCUUUCGGAACGUCUUCAGCGCCAGCAUUUGGUUCUACCGCGGCAGGUAGUACUCCUGCAGCAGGGGGUAGCCUGUUUGGAGGGUCGAGCGCGCCCUCGUUUGGUUUUGGAGCCUCGCCUGCUGCGUCUUCGGGCGGGGGUUUUGGAUCGUCCACGUUUGGAAGCACUGGCCUGUUCGGUGGAGCUUCCUCUUCCUCAUCCCUCUUUGGCGCCAGCCCCACUCCCGCCUUUGGAACUCCAAGUUCGCAGGCUGCAUCUGCAGCAUCGCCUUCUCCAUCACCCUUCGCAUUUGCUCAAUCCUCAGCUACUCCUAGCGCAAGCUCUCCAGCUCCCUCUCUGUUCGGAGCUUCCCCCUCUCCUUUCGGAAGCACAAAUGCUCAAUCCUCUGCUACUCCCGCAGCCUCUUCGUCUCCGUUCGGAGCUUCUCCCAGCACAGGGUCAGCUUUCUCGGGAUUCGGAGGCUCGUUUGGGAGCUCUGGAUUUGGGUUUGGUGCGACCCCAUCUUCAGCAGCGUCAGCGGCAGCAACUGCCCAGUCUUCAGGUGCAUCAUCGGGUUUCGGCGCAAGUUCUCUAUUCUCAGGCAGCAAGCCUGCUACCCCAGCGUUUGGCGCGAUGACUCCCCAGUUCGGCGCUUCUUCAAGCGCUUCCACUACUCCAGGUUUUGGUGCCUCUUCGUCUGCAUUUUCUUUAUCUCAAUCAACCCCUGCAGCGACACCUUCUGCCUCUCCUCCUGGAUUUUCGUUCGGGAAUAUUACGAGCCCUGCCCCCUCCUUUGGGUUUGGCGCUCAAUCAACCCCCGCUACAACCCCCGCAGUGUCCUCAGCAGCAGCCUCAACUCCUUUCGCUGGAUUUUCAUUCGGUUCGAGUGCAGCAACAUCGGCUGCCUCGGCAACUCCGGCCACUAGCUCGGCUUUCGGCGCAUCAACCACGACCCCAAGCCAACCCCAAGCUUCUUCUUCCUCUCUCUUUGGCAGCUCUACAUUUGGAUCUACGACUUCAUCCUCUUCCGCACCGUCGACGUCCUCCUCUUUGUUCAGUAUGUCUACUCCUUCCACACCUUCCUUUUCGCUCCCUGCCAGCACCUCAGCCACAUCCUCCUCUGCUUCUGCAUCUACUCUAAGCUUUCCAUCAUCUAUAACAUCAGCAGCUGCUGCAAGUACAACUCCUACCGCUUCAAGCGGGUUUGGUUUCGGAACUUCGACUCCAGCUUCAUCGGCAGGUGCACUUUUUGGGUCUACUCCAGCAUCAACCCAGGCAUCUACCCCGGCCUCCUCGGGAGGUUUCUCUUUUGCGGGGGCCGCACCUGCGUCUAGUGCAAGUGGUGGAUUUAGCCUCAGUUUGCUUGCCAAGACGUCUGCAGCCUCUACUCCUGCAGUUUCAGCAACAACUACCCCUAGCACUGGGUUUGGGAUGGGAACCGGUUUGGGAUGGUCAAAUUUGUCAGCUGGUCCAGCAGCCGCAACUACUCCUGCAGCGACCACAACAGCAGCCACCUCCACAACCACUUCGACCUCAACUGCAGCAACCUCAACUGCCGGAACGUCUGAAGCUCUCACCAGUACACCUGCACGGACACCAAAGCCUCCGUCAGAAAUUGUUGGAAAGACUGUGGAAGAGAUCAUCAAAGAGUGGACUCAUGAGCUUCAAGAACGGACAUCAAAGUUCCGCAAACAGGCAGAAGCCUUGGGCGAGUGGGACCGACGAAUUAUUGGGAAUCGGAACCUGUUGAUCAAGCUUGAGAGUGAAGUUGCUACUGUAGUGGAAUCACAACACAGCCUUGAACGACAAUUGGAACUUAUUGAGACUCAUCAACAGGAGGUGGAGAAAUCACUGGAAAGCAUGGAAGAGGAAGCUGAAAAGCUAUAUAGGGAUGAGCGUCCCAGUUUAUUGGAAGAUGAAGCUGCUGCUACUCGUGAUAUGAUGUUUGAGCAAGCUGAGUUUGUGGAGCGUGAGCUUGAAAGAAUGGGCGAGCAGAUCAAAGAAACGAUUCAGAAUAUUAAUGCCGCCCAGGGCGGAGACUUGGAUAUUGCAGAAGGAGCUAGUCCUUUGGAUUUGGUUGUCCGCAUUUUGAACAACCAGUUGACAUCGCUGCUCUGGAUUGACGAGAAGGCUGGAGAGCUUUCAGGCCGUAUGCAAUCUUUUGCUGACCAGGGUGCACUUCUUGAUAAAGGACACAGAGGAUCUCGUUUGCGUGGAGCCUAAACGAAUUGAAAUGAGUUUAAUUUAGAACAGGCUGCGUAUUCUGCACAAUUAGCUGUUAAAAUUUCAUGUUGAUGAACUAGUUUCAGAUAUGGUGCUACGAAGGACAUAUAAGUCAUCCUUACAGUGACGAAUAUUCAAAUCAUUCUUACAGCCAUAUCUAUGUUGGUAGGUAGGAGCUAUGUAGUCUGAUACCAGUGAGACGCACCGAUAACUGUGGACUGGAACUGGGAAACUCACCUUUUUCAUAGUCAUGUAAAUUCAGGGACGCCCGCACAUGGGAACCUGGAUCUGCGGUGAAAACUUAUUCAAAAUUCUUACUUGAUCAAUGCUUUCAACUUCAGUAGAGGCUA